AUGACCAGCGUCCGAAUACCCAAAGACGACGCAGAGGUGAGUUUUACUUUUCUGUUUUAAAACAACGAUAUUUACAUUUUCGAAUUUGAAUCCAAAGUUCUCUAUAAUAACUAAUUUUAGUUCAAACAUAUCCUUCAAAUUAGAAUGUUUUAAACCCAACCCGAAUAUUAGGACUCAAAAAAUCAAAACCAUGAUGCCAUUGUACGUGUUUCGAUAUUUAAAAAGAAGACGAGGUUUAGGCUCAGCUUCUGGUCGAAUCGGACAAUGAGAACGAAUCUCCGAAAAGAACUGCGCAACAAAGGUGAUUCGAAUUUCCGUUUUUCCCUUCGUACUUCUCAACUUUCUCUCAAAAUAAGAGAAUCUUUCUAGCUCACAGUUCUGGCCGCGCGACUUGAUCGGAGUAAAUAUGUCAGCCAAAAUGGGCACCGUCGCAGCCGAACGAGUUUCUAUUCGAAUCAGUAUGUUUUCAGUUUUUUUCAAUAAUAACAUCUCUUCAGAUUUCCUGCGCAAAGUUCUGGGCAUCGUCUCUUUCCAACUUCUGUUGACGAUCGGCAUCUGUACAGCCAUCUACUGUACACCAGGGUCCAAAGACUUCUUGAAAGCGCAGUCAGUUUUUCAAAGUUCUAGAAAGAAAUCAAUUUCGAGAAAAAACUGGAAUCAGCAAAAAAAAUCACAAACAUUCCAUUGAAAAAAAAAGACUCCACAAAGCGUCUUUUAAGAAAAAAUAUAAAGGGAGCAAUUUCAAUCCUUUUUUCUCAUCUUGCAACGCUUCUUAUCGGUCGAAGGUCUUCGUCGCCGUUUUCGGAUUCAAAUCUUAUUGGAUCGGUGAGAAGAUAGUCCUCGACAAUCGUGGCAAACUAAAAAAAAAUAUCGUGAAUUUCUCGUCUUAGAAAAAAACAAAUUUUUUCCAUACAUUUGAAAUUUGUCUAAAAACUAUCAAAAACGUCUUCUUCAAGCGAGAAAAUGUUCCUGAAAUCCGAAUAUGUGACAUUGUAGCAAAGUGAAUGAUUUCAAUUGGCGACCUUUUAAAAUUAAAACUUUGAAGAUUUUCGUUUCUGAAAAUCUUUCGAAGGAGCUGUACUCAUUUUCGCAUUCAUUUAGUGAGCCUAUGUGUAUGGCAAAGUUUACUCAAUAGAUUUCAAACAAAUCAGCAACCUGAUCGGCAGAAAGGUGUCCGUUUGCGGAGACGUCCAAUUCUCGGAAAACUUUCUCCGCAAGCUCAUCGUCAAACUCGCCAAACUCUUUGGCGAUGUACUGAAAACUCUAAUUUUUUUCUAUCGUCAGAUUGCGUACAAACUUUGAACUCGUUCUCGGUGAUGAUGCCAUUGCGGUCUUGGUCGAAUAUCUCAAAACAUUCGCGAAUGAGUUCUUCGUUUGUUGAUUUGACAAUUUUUUGGGACUUCUUCAUGCAGGCACAGAACUCGUCAAAGUCAAUUUCGCCAUUUCCGUCGGCGUCAACCUAAAACUAACGGAAAUUGGAAGAAAAAUGAGUUGCCACUAAUGAAUUGAGAGCACAGAGGCCGUUUUUCUGUCUCAGCGUAAUAGUACAAUUUUUCGGUUUUUUUUUUCUGGAUGUUGCAGAUAAUUAACUUUUGCGAAAUUAUAGCGUCUGAAACAAAAUAUGAAGAGUGCAGGGCCUUUGAACGUUUUUCAAAAACAAAGAAGUCAAUAUUUCUGAAGUUUCCCGUGAUAAAGAGUUGAGGAUAAGAAAUACUGAGCUACCCUUCGCUUCUUUCUCAAAUUGAAACUGAACAAAAAAAUAUGAAAAAAAUUGGAUCGAACUACCAAAAUAUGUGGGAAGCUCAAACUAUUAAACAUUGACAAAAUGAUUAUGAUUACGGUCAAUUUCAUAGAUGAUAACGGAAAAACAGGAUUGCGCAAGGUUUCCUUAUUUGGCCUGUAAACUUUUUCUCGAAUUGAAAUUACACGAUAAUUUUUGUAAGAAACGAGAUUCGAAACUGGAUUAGUUCCAAAUAGGUAUCUUCAAAUAUACAUUAAAAACUUCUAUUGGCUCCAAAAACUUUCUUCUUUGAUGACGUUGUCGAUCUCAGCUUUGUUGGCGUGCAUUCCGAUGCUGAUCAUUGCCUGCUUGAGUUCUUCAUUUCCAAUGGCUCCAGAACCAUCCGUGUCGAACAUGUUGAACAGUUGCCGAAACUCUUUCAGCUCUUUCCUGACAACUUCGCACCAAAUGUUUUUACUACAAUGUAAACGGUACCUUGUGUACUUUUGAGCGUCUUCUGGCUGACUCUGCAAGGAGUGCACGGUUCCCCGGGACGAGGUCGACGUCUUCCGACCUGUCUGAGGCUUGCGGCUCUCGAGCUGCCGUGCGACGCCAACUUUCGCAGAUCUCAUGAUGACUUGUCAAUUAAAAUCUAAAAGAAAAACAUUUUUUUCUCAAAAGUUCUAUAUACCAAUUUAAAAAAAAAUUUGAAAAACAGUGAGAAAAAAAUUGAUAAAGUUUUCCAUUGAAGUUAUAGAAUUUUAAACUGGAAGGCGUUGAAAGAGUUAUUAGGUGUAAUAAAUAAAAGAAGACGAAUUCACUAAACUGUAAAUGUAGGGCAGGAAAAUGAAUGAUGUGCGGAAUUUCUCAAGACAUCUCAUAUUCGAUUCACAACACGCGAAUCUCGCAUAACUUCUUCGUCAACAUGAAUUUGAGGCUUAGAAGGGAUGUGAGAUUCUCCGGAAACGCGGUGAUACGAAGAGGAUGUGCGAAUAAGGCACAUUCUGUCGAAAUGGACUAAACUGGGCUUGAGUCCAAGUGCGAUGCUUUCAAUUCUCGUUUACUCACCCGAAUUUGGACGCCUUUCGGUUUUCUAUUUGUCUUCCGAAAUUCUAGGAACGCACUUUUCGAACUCUCUCGAUGCAGCCUAAUUGAAGCUGGGAUAGAAUGAAAAAUUUUCAAUGUUUUCAAAUGUUUUUGAGCAUAGUAUUUGAAAAAAACGAUAUUUUUUUGAAAGUUUGCUAAUAAAAAAAGCUUCUACUCUGGAACCAGUACGAGUCGUUGUUGUUCUUGAGAUUUGAAAAAAAAAAGAAUAAAUAAGAAAAAGGCAUCGGAAUCCUGAAUCCAAUAAUUUUCGACUCAAUAUUUGCUAACGUACUAAAUCAGUUGAAGAAAUUUUUAAGUCUCCGCAAAAAAUAAAGUAACUUUCCAUUUUGUGGGUAGAAUGAACCAAUUUUGUAAGUUAGAAGUUGAAAUUUAAUUUUUUUCGCGCUGUUUUUUUUUUGAGAACGAAUUUCAUACAUUGAAAAUGAGAAAGUGUUCCAACAAAACAUGAUGUUUCUGGGAUUUCUUGCAGGCGUAUAAUUUUGCACUGUUCUCUUGUUUCAGGUCAUGGAUCGUUUUCCCCAGCCUUUUCGUCUCUAUCGGACUUCUGAUCGGUCUUCACGUCAACGCUCACGAAGUCCCCAUCAACUACGUCCUCCUUGCUGCUUUCACCAGCGUUCAGGCCCUCACACUUGGAUGCAUCGGUUUGUCUAAUUGUUUUUUUCUACUAAAAUACUUUAUUUCCAGUUGUUCUUUUCCAAGUACAAGUUAUCCUGGAAGCCGCAAUCACAACUAUGUUGGUGGUGUUCGGACUUUUCAUGUACACUCUCCAGAGUAAGAAGGACUUCUCUGUCGGAUACGCAACCAGCUUCUCUCUUUUGGGAUGUCUACUUGCUGCUUCUUUCGUUCAGGUUCGUCAUGGUGCAAUGAAAGAAUGCGACCUCGGUGUUUUCAGGAAAAUAAUAUUCUUAGGCUUUAAACGAUGUAAAAUGUCCCGAAAUCAUCGGUGAUUCCAAAAAAAAAACAAAAUAAAGAAACGCCAAAAUGCUUCUGACAGCCGGAAGGACAUUAAUGACUUAUGAGAGAGCUUGCGGAAUGUAGGAAAACAACGGCUGCUACUGAAACAUCUUGAAGCCUAUCACAAGGGAGUUCCCACAAUUUUUUGAGGUAUCCCAAAAAAAUAUCCCAUGAAACGACCAACUCAAAUAAAAACCUAUAAACUUCAAAAAAAUAUUCAAUUUCUGAGUAAAUAUUUUUACCUUGAAUUACAGAUCUUUGUGAUGUCUUCGGCUUUCAACUUCAUCCUUAACGUCUUUGGCGCCGGCGUCUUCUGCGUUCUUUUAGUCCUGGACCUGGACGCGAUCAUGAUGAGAAUGUCCCCGGAAGACUACAUCUUGGCUUGCAUCGCCCUCUACAUGGACAUCAUCAACCUCUUCGUCAGAAUCCUUCAGAUCCUCGGAGAAGGAUCGAAGUAA